CUGCGUUUCCGUUGUUCCAAAGGGUGCUGAUCCGGAGGUGGUCCACCAACUUUGCUCUCGGAUAGGAUGAUCCUGUGCUUCACCGCUCGGCAGCUGGCAUAGCAAAGCUAAACUUCUGUUGGCCAAGGAACUAAAAGCUUAAGUUACAAAAUUCUGCAGUUGCUUCCAGCAAUCACAGGCUAGCCUUUCCUUGGUUUUUAUAUAUCAUGGAUGAAGAGAAGCCGUGUUGCUCCACGAGCGCCUCACACAGUGCUGCUGGAAUCAUGGAGGAGGCCAAGAAGCUGAUGGGCACUGGGAAGAGGCACUUGGUGAUGGGCGACGCGGUGUCCGCGGUGGCUGUUCUGCAGGAGGCCUGUGCCAUGCUAGCCAAGAGAUACGGAGACACCGCUGACGAGUGUGGGGAGGCCUUCUUUCUCUACGGGAAGGCUCUGCUUGAACUGGCCAGGUUGGAGAACACUGUCCUGGGGAAUGCUCUGGAUGGUGUCCCUGAGGAAGAGUCUGAAGCAGGGGAAAAGCUAGAUGACUCCAAAAUUGAAAGUGCAGACAAUGUAGAUGAAGAAACCAAGGCUGAAUUGCGGGAGCAAGUCUAUGAUGCCAUGUCAGAGAGGGAAGCAGAGAAGUCCAAGAUGGAGGAUGGUGAAAAGGAAAGAGAGACCAGUUUGGAAAAAGAGAGUGUGAAGUCCCCUUUGAAAGAUUGUGCUCCCUCCCAAAAGGAUGAAAUGAUGGCAGAUGGUAGUGAGAAGAGUUCAGAAGGGAAGGACAGUGAAGAGGAAGGUCCAGAAGUAAAAGGGGAAAAGGCUCCAUCAAAAGAACUCCAAAAAGAUGGGGGGGCUGAGAAAAUGGAGGAAGAUGGAGAAGAGGAUGGUGGUGGUGAUGAUGAAGAUGAUGAAAGUGAGGCUGAAGAAGACAAGGAGAAUGAAGAAGAGGUGGGGAACCUGCAGUUGGCCUGGGAGAUGUUAGAAGUUGCAAAAGUAAUCUAUAAAAGGAAAGAAAACAAAGAUGACCAGUUGCUGGCUGCACAGGCCCACCUCAAACUAGGGGAAAUAAGUGUUGAAUCUGGUAAUUACAGCCAGGCUCUGGAGGACUUCCAAGAAUGCCUUGCCAUCCAGCUGAAACACCUUCCAUCGCAUAGUCGAAUGUUGGCUGAAACGCAGUACCAGCUUGGGCUGACUUUUGGUUAUACCAGUCAGUACAAUAAAGCCAUCCAGCACUUCAAUAACUCUAUCCAGGUUAUUGAGAGUUGCCUUGCAGCACUUCAGGAGGCCAUUGACAAGGCAGAAGGGUCAGAGAGUGUUGUUGAGGAGCAAAAGGAGAUGGAAGAACUUAAGCAGCUGUUGCCUGACAUCAGAGAGAAGGUGGAGGAUGCCCAAGAGAGUCAAAAGACUGCAGUCAUUGCCUCAGAAGCCAUCCAGCAAACUUUGACAGGACAUUCAUCAGGAUUCCCCACUGAAAAUGGAGCUACUUCAUCUUCCAUGGCCACCACAUCAACUGUUGGAGCCUCCUCUUCAAAGUCUGCAUCUGACAUUUCCCAUCUGGUCAGGAAAAAGAGGAAACCAGAGGAGAGUCCUGUGAAGAACGUUGAUUCCAAGAAGGCCAAACAGGAGGCAGCACUCAAUGGUGGAGAGAACUGUUAGCAAUGGCCAGGGAGAUCAGGAGAAAUUGGAGAAAGAGGCAAGUCCUCAACAUAGGAGGGGCAGAAUGCUGCAGAAAUAAUUGUUUUAAUGCUGAAAUAUUCCUUACCCCCCUAGCCUGUGAAGCCAGGUACCCAUGUGGAAACCUCUGCAUAAAAUCACAUCAUGGCAGCAGAUCUUUCCACCAGCAUAGCCCUCUUCAUCCUCUGUCUUGUAAAUAAAGCAUUUUCAUUUUUUUUUGUAAAACUGCAUUUCAUUAAAGAUUAUUUGCA